UCGGUUUCGAGGUCAACCCGGAAGGCAAAGCCGGGAAUGCUAAGCAGUUGGAAAAGGAAGCUCACCGGUGUUUGACAGGCUCUUAGCCAUUAUACGUCAAAUGAACUUUAUUCAGUUUUCCUCACACCGAGUUGACCAUACUUAACGCGGCCGUUGCAGGAAAAAUGAGAGGAAGUUGAGGUCGUUCUAGUGACAAAGCUCUGCGUCACCAUGGAGAAGCCGUGGAGGUUGUGGGGAGCAGUGGAGCGUUGCUUCCUCACUUUGGUCUCCUGGUCGUGGGGCGCCUGCCGUGUCUCCCUGCUGGCCCUCAUCCUGACCUUCCACCUGUACGGGGGUUUUGUCCUCCUGGCUCUUAUCUUGGCCUCCGUGGCAGGCAUCUUGUACAAAUUUCAAGAUGCACUCCUCUACUUCCCCGACCAGCCAUCAUCCUCGCGCCUCUACGUCCCUGUGCCAACGGGCAUCCCGCACGAGAACGUAUACAUCCGCACCAAGGAUGGCGUCAAACUCAACCUCAUCCUUCUGCGCUAUACGGGCGGAGACGCAACUCCCGGAGCAACGGCCGCUCCCUCUCCCUCAUCGCCGCCCACCAUCCUCUAUUUCCACGGCAACGCGGGCAACAUUGGGCACAGAGUGCCUAACGCGCUGCUCAUGCUAGUCAACCUGAAAGCUAACGUGGUGCUGGUGGACUACCGCGGCUACGGCAAGAGCGAGGGCGAGCCUUGCGAGGAGGGCCUCCACCUGGACGCCGAGGCCACUCUGGACUACGUGAUGAGCCGGCCCGACUUGGACAAAACCAAAGUGAUACUGUUCGGCCGCUCGCUGGGGGGCGCCGUGGUCCUGCGCCUGGCGUCGGUCAACCCGCACCGUGUGGCCGCCGUGAUGGUGGAAAACACCUUCCUCAGCAUCCCGCACAUGGCCGCCACGCUCUUCUCUUUUCUGCCCUUGCGUCUGUUGCCGCUGUGGUGCUACAGGAAUCAAUUCCUGUCCUAUGUGCGGGUGGCGCAGUGCCGCAUGCCCUCACUUUUCGUCUCGGGCCUGUCGGACCAGCUCAUACCGCCGGUCAUGAUGAAACAACUGUACGAAAUGUCGCCAGCGCGGACUAAACGCCUGGCCAUCUUCCCCGAAGGCACUCACAACGACACGUGGCAGUGCCAGGGUUACUUCGCCGCGUUAGAGCAGUUCAUUGGCGAGCUGCUUAAGAGCCACGCCCACGAGGAGAGCGUGCAGACGUCUUCUAACGUCACCAUCAUUUGAGCCAACCUUUUUAAUUCUUAUUUAAUUUUACUCACUAUUUCAGUCAGGGAGGGGAAACGUUAUUUCUUUUAUUUAGCAGGGAAUGCAUGCAUUUUUCACUCGAAUACAAAUGCAUGUAGGAGGAAGCAUUUUGUACAAACCUCGGAAGUGAAAGUUUCUGAGGUGAGUUUAUUCUUAAAAGCUUGUCGGCUGUAUGUGAGCGAGAUCUGAUUGGCAUUUUUUUUUAAGAAUUAAAAACAGCCUUUGAACCUGAAUAAUACUGUCAACUCAUUGCCUGCCAUUGACAGCGAUAGACGUCCGAUCCAUUUAAACUGGGAGGGUAUGGCAGCGAUCCCAGUCCAAAUGGAUUGGACGUCUAUCGUGGUCAUCGGUGAUAGUAAAUGAGUUAAUGCAGUGUUUCCCUGGCUUUAUUAAUUUCACGUCACUCCCAAAUUUUGUUUUACUAAGUGCAGCUCGGCUUGAUAUUUAAAAAAAAAACAAAAAAAAAACAAAGAUCCAAUUUAAAUUGACUCACGAAAACAAUAUGGGCAGUUUCACACAAUUCCGUAAUAAUCCUGAAAUUUGAAGGGAAGGGCAACAUCUAGCAUAAAAGACUUUCAUAAGAAAGAUUGUUGCUCAAAGUAUUUAAGGAUGCAAAUAGUAAAGUUUCGACCUCUGAUAAUGGAGAACGUGUUUGCCCCCGUGUUGCAUGAAUUUACACGAAACAAAUAUACAUCAAAUAGCAUUGGGCAAAUAUUUAUAUGAAAAUAAUACAAUCAUUAAAUUGAAAAUCCUAAAUUAGAAACUCAAAAAAUAUAAAAGAAAAAAAUAGAAAUGGGAAGUACAAUUUUAAAAAUAAAUUAGUAAAAAUAUGUAAAAAAAAAAUAUUUUUUUAAACAACUAUAUUCGAUUUCUUUUUCAAUUUUUUUCUAAUUAUAGCUGCAUUUUUUUUCGUGUAUUUAGUUUUUUUUGUUAGUAUUUUGUACUUGUAUAUUUCUCCAAUGCUUUAUGUAUACUGUUAAAUGUAAAUUCAUACAUCAGGCUUUAAACAAAAUAUGACAGCCAUUUUUGUGACAUCACUUAUAUUCGUGCACAUACACACCGACAGACUUGUAAUGGGUAUUAAUGUCAUGAGGAAGGGCGGGCUAGCUCAGAUACUUGCAUCUAAUUUGCUAAAAUAGAUACAUCAGCACUGAUAAAUGUCUGUUUUCAUGACAACCAGCCACUACAAGUUUUCCUCCACUAUUACGCAUUAGAAAAGUGAAAUUUUGUGUAUUUAUUCAUUUUAAUGAUUCGAUAAAAGUGUUGUUUUUCCCUUUAAACAGUUCGUUAGUGAAUCGUCAACAGCUGGGCUGAAGUGUGAAGCAGAAGUUUGUCAGCAACAAAAAUUCAAGAGUUACAAAAUAACUGGUCUCACAGAUGUUAGAAAAGUGAAAUUUUGUGCAUUUAUUCAUUUUAGUGAUUCGAUAAAAGUGUUGCCUUUCCCUUUAAACAGUUCGUUAGUGAAUCGUCAACAGCUGGGCUGAAGUGUGAAGCAGAAAUUUGUCAGCAACAAAAAUUCAAGAGUUAUAAAAUAACUGGUCUCACACAUGUUAGCUGUUUAGGCUUUUAUCUCCAAUAUAUUAUUGGAGUAAAAUGCCCUAUUUAAACACAUUAAAGAUUUUUUUUUUUUUUUUAACUGAGGAAAUUUCAUACUAAAUUGGACAAUGUAUUGGAAAAAUAUCUUAGUUUAAAAAAUGAAGAACAAAAAAUAAGUACUUAAUUUUAGUAUGAAGCUACAUAAAAUGUCGCUUGAAAAAAUCAUUCAAAAAAUUAAAAAAAAUUGUAGCUUCAUCAUAAAAUUAUUUAGUACAGUUUAUAAAGAAAAUUCAACUAACAAAUGGUAUUUUUCCAGUGUGGAAAAUAAUUGUCACAAACGAGGUCACCCGUGCUGGCCCAAAUGUAUUCCAGCUACUGACGUAAUCUGUCGGAGUGUGAUUAUACAGAUUAGCGCUGCAACGACAUGGCAGCUCUUUUAAUACGCUCCACAAGACUUAAAAGUCUACUGUAGCACUGAAUCAUACACGUUGAUGUAAAUACAACUUGAUUUCAUGGGUGUCCUUGUUAUAAUCUUCAUUUGAUGGCAAUGAAAAUAAUACGAGUCAGUUCUAAGGACAAAAAUAUGGGAAAAAAAAAUAUUUUGUGCAAGAAUGGAAUUUUCAACCUCCAUUUAUGGACGCGGAUGUAUUCCUUCCUCUUUUGUUAGUAUUUAUAACCUUUUCUAAUUGUCUUUUAGGUUCUUGUCACCCUUCAACAAUGUGCCAAAAUGGCUGCACUCCUUCGGAGGGCUUUUAACGAGCUAAUUAACCUUUCCCCAAUGUCUUCCAUGGGGGUCCGAUGGAGUCUGAUGACUAAAAACCUUGUUGUCUGUGCACACAUUCAAAGUGAAGAACAAUGGAGUCGUUUAGCCAUAUUUGCUUCUGUUUGGAACACUGGCACUUAAGGAAAAGACCUUUUCUGAAUGUAAGUACUGUACAAGUAUUCAUUCACUUUUUGGAUUGCCGUGGUUGGCAAAAUUGGGGGGGGGGGGGUUUGCUUCUGUCCGAGUCAAGUGCGUUGUUGCUGCUGCAAAGCCAGUCUGAAUGUGCAGCUGGCAUGUGAUUGUUUCUGUACCCAACUUGCACAGUGUUGACUUUUUGAAUCGAGACUUGAAAAAAAUAAUUUCCUGAGCUGACAUUUGAAUGCUUAUUAUUCAUCUUUUGCUUGGAAAAAGCCACUUUUCGUGUUUUCCACCCCUUCAUCAUUUCGGGGUUAUCCACUCUUCGAUUUUGUAAGAACAUAUUUUCACUUUAUGUAUUCUCUUCUGUAACAUGCAAUAAAAUUGAUAUGUGAGACGAUGGUGACAUUUUCAAAUGAAUGGCCGUUGAUGCCACGUACUUCACUUUUUGCAGUCAGAGAAUUUUAUUUGGUGCUCUAAUGUUUCAAUUUGUCACUUCCGUUUUUCUCUUUUUAGUUCCUUAACACUUUAAAUCAGUGGUCCCCAAACAGUUGGCCCAACCUGGGUUCAAUGGAACCCCAGGGGUUCGGUGAGUAAUUCUGAGGGGUUCGGUGAGUAAUUCUGAGGGGUUCGGCGAAGUUAAAGAUAUGCGGAGCCCUAUUUUCGUACGCUGAUUAAAUCUAGGCAAAGUGGCUUUUUAGACCACAUUUUGGACUUGUUUGCUCCUAAUUUACAGGCUUAAUACGUUUAUUUUAACUGCUAGUUCUCAAUUUAAUGGGAGGAGGAACUGGUUUGCUCAGUGGAAGGUUGACUCACACUUGGUAUGAGGGGAAUACAACAGAACAAUGGGCAGUGUGGUCUCAAAUUUAGACCUGUUUAUAAAGCAUGCUGUCAAAAUGAGGAAAAAAAUUAAAACUGCAAUUAGCUGAAUUAUUAGCUUGUUAGCUUAUAUCAGGGUGUCCAAACUUUUUGCAAAGAGGGCCAGAUUUGGUGUGGUAAAAAUGUGGGGGGGCCGACCUUGGCUGACGUCCUUUACGUAGAACAAUAUACUUAAGUAAAUUUUAGCAAGCCAUUCUGUGUGUCACAUUUGCUUUAUUAUUUUUUUUAAAUUAAUAAUUUCAACAAUCUAUCAACUAGCCUUUGUGGCGUUCUCUUUUGACUCUCGGGCUCUUGCAAAAUACCGCUGCUGUGAAAUUAAACUAGAGUCAAGUUGCUUCAAUUUCUCGUUGCAUAUCUUCCCUAUAAUCUUGUCAUACAUGUCAGCAUGUCUUGUUUGGUAUUAUCGCCUCACAUCGAACUUUUUAAAAACAGCUACUGUCUCUUUGCAAAUGAGGCAGACCAAGUUGUUGCGUAUUUUAGUAAAGAAAUAGUCCAAUUUCCACCUAUCCUUGAAGCGUCGGCUGUCGCAGUCAACUUUUUUUUUUUUUUUUUUGUUGUUGAUUGUCGCCAUUUUAGAAAUGGGAGUAAAAGGUCACACUGUGUAAUUUUGCUUAGAGUGCUGCUGCCUUUUAGUGGGUAAAUGAGGAGCAGCAUUUAGUGUCUAAGCAACUUCAUAUGCUGGUAGCAGCACUGCUGACCAAUUUACCGUAUUGGCCAGAAUAUAAGACGGCCCUGAUUAUAAGACGAUCCCCUCUUUUUCAAGACUCAAAUUUGAAAAAAGAUUUUAUGAACACCAAAUUAAUUUUUAUACAGAAAAGAAUUACAGUACAUCUGAAACAAAUGAUUAUAACAAUAUAUUUGAGAGAAAAAGCAUGUUAUUUUGCCUCAUUCAAAUCUUAAUAUCUGAACAUUUAAAUAUGUAAACUAAAGUGCAAUCACAUUUGGAAAUGAAUGGCUUCUGGUUUUUGAAAUGUAAAUAAACCAAUUUAAUGUGAUAAUACAACAAAAUUGCAAUAAAUUAACCAUCAAAGUGAAGUCUAACUAACUAGUCUUGAAACAAAUCUGAAUAAGGAAAAACAUUGCAAUAAAAUAAUGCAAACUGGUUAAACUUGAGAGUAGCUGAGCUUUUUUAUGACAGAACAUCGCUUCAAUGAUAUCUGGCGCCAUCUAGUGUCGUAAAUGGUUAUAAUGUCUAGACCGCGAAUAUAAGACGACCCCCACUUUUUCAGUCUUAUUUCAAUGCAAAAAAUACCGUCUUAUAUUCGGGCCAAUACGGUAUUAAGUCUGUGUGCGGGCCAGAUGUAAUUGAUUUUAUGACAGAGGCUGGGGGCCGGAUGAAGUUUGACCGCGGGCCGCAUUUGGCCCCCGGGCCGGACUUUGGACAUGUCUGGCUUAGAUGUACUGGUUUUGAAUUUGGAAAAAAAAUUCUUUAUUAUCUAAUUCCGAAGGGUUCGGUGAAUCCUCAUGUGAAACCUUUCGGGUUCAGUACCUUUAGCAAGGUUAAGAAGCGCUGCUAUAGACUAAUCCGAGUAAAGAUUUGUAUAGGUUGCCAUCUAGUAGUUACCCGCAGUUAGUAAAGUUUUUGCACACCUGCAGCAGCCCACCACAAGUCAAUGUAGACAGUAACUUUAGCUGCUGUUGGUUGUGUGCUGUGGGUGGCGACGUCUUUGCACAGCUUUUUUACGGGGAAAGGCCACCUCCUGAGCCAGAAGAGGGGCCUACAACCAAGUAUAUUCUGCAUAAUAUAUAUGAUAUGUGGCUAAAAGCUACCAAACGAGGGAACAAAAGCGAAUGCACUGAGAGCAUCAUACCUUAUGGCGAACCGUAUUGCUAAAGCUAAGAAAUCUUUCACAGUUGGAAAAGAACUCAUUAUGAUUGCGACCACGGAUAUUUGCCGACAAGUUUUAGGAGAGGCCGCUGUUAAAAAAACAAGGAUUCAGUGUAUGGUGAGUGACAUUUUCCCUGCACUUAAUAUUCGUUUUUAGCCUCUGUGUUAUUUUAUAUUUACUGUCAUUUUCUGCCACAAAUUGCUGGUGUGUGGAAAGAAGGACCACAUUGCACCUGUCCGUGGUGAAAACAAGGGUGGGGAUCACUGCUUUAAAUCAUUCCAUGGCAUUGGCAAUGAUAUACAACCUGUUCAUUUAAAGUGGGAAGCCUGGUUGUGCAUAUUCAUCUUUUAGUGCCAUUGACGUCUAGUACCGUCAUGGCAGCCAGUGAGUUUAUAAAGGAAAGGUUGGUUCAUUAAGUACCGUAAUUUUCGGACUAUAAGCCGCUAUUUUUUUCCCCUCAUUUUGAAUCCAGCGAUUUAAAGUCCAAUUAAUUUGACAGUGGCGUCAUAACACUGCCAUAAGACCGUGAUAAUUAUGACAUGACACUAUCAUGGACAUGAAUGAUUUCUUAUGACAGAUGUCAUUAAGUGUCAUCCGGCAGAUUAUGUCACCAACUCCAUUUAUGUCCAGCUCGGAUCUUUUACUUCCAUUUAAAAGAAAGAUAAUUUGUUGGAUGAAACAAAAUGACAUCAGUCAUAAGCAUUCAUUAAUGCUCAUGACAGUGUCAUGUCAUAAUUAUGACUGUCUAAUGACAGUCUUAUGGUUCCGCUGUCAACGUGUUACCAAAUACCGUAACUAGCAAUUAAACAACUGGAACAGUAACUGAAAAAAUAAUUAGCACAGAACAUGAAUUUUGAUUGUUACUUACAUCUGUAGCGCUGCAGUGCAUGCUAAGAGGCAUGUUGGACGACAACAGUGUUGGCAGUAGAGGUUGACUGUCGCCUCCAAGGGAGCAGUGAUGGCCAAAUGAAGCUUCUUGAAGCAAUGAUUCAAUUAAUGGGGGUUAAUUUUGUUCUUAUCAUGCCGCUGUCAAAUAAAGUGUUACCGGUUAAUAUCUUUUGGUGUAAAUAUCCCAUAAUACAAUGAGGACAGCUACGGCUUAUAGUGCAGUGUGGCUUAUAUAUGAACAAAUGCUGUUUUCGUCGCAAAUUUGGUGGGUUGCAGCCUAUAGUCAGGUGCGCCUUAUAGUCCGAAAAUCACGGUACUUUGUUUUUGUCGUUUUAUAUGCAAAUUUAAACAUUUGUAUUUCCCCUUAUAAAAGAUACAUUUUCACAAAAAAAAUAACGUUGGGGAAAGGUUGUCUUCAAUAGCUAGUGUACAAGCAUAAACUAGUAAAAAGUCACGAAUAGUUAUUACGGGUUUCGUAUGGGUCCUUGAAAAUGCUUGGAUUUUACUGUCAUGUUUUCAAGUUUUGAAAAAUGCUUGAAUUUUGCAUCAAGUGCUUGGAAGUGUUAGGGUGCUGAGGAAUAUUGUGUGCAAGUA